AUGGAAGAUAACUCCCCACCCAAGGAUUACUAUAAGAUUCUAGAAGUUGAUUAUGAUGCAACAGAGGAGACGAUCAAACUGAGUUACCGGAAGCUUGCAUUAAAGUGGCAUCCUGAUAAGCAUAAUGGUGAUACUGUGGCUACCUCCAAAUUUCAAGAGAUAAAUGAAGCCUAUAAUGUGUUAAUGGAUCCUGCUUUACGUUUUGAGUAUGAUUUCACCGGUGCAUACGAGAUUCACAAGUAUACUUUGCGGGAAUAUUUGGGUAGAUUUAAGGGAAUGAUACUCACUUGCAAUGGACUCGGCAUUAGUCACUCCUCAUCACCAUGGGAACAACAAUUAGGAGAAGGCAAUAACACGACAGAUGAGAACGGUUUCGAUCUGGUUUACUCUGUUUUUCCGCUAAACAAAGAUAUUGUAUAA